AUGCCCGGUGGUGCUGUUGUUACCAUGGGGGGCGUCGAUGCUACACGCAUCGAGGCUCCCGUCACCAUGAAGACUUACUUCAUGUGUGCGUUUGCUGCAUUUGGUGGUCUUUUCUUUGGAUAUGACUCCGGUUAUAUCAGUGGUGUCCUCGGUAUGGAUUACUUCAUUGAGACCUUUGAAGGCCUGGACAAAGCAACAACCCCCGCUGCCGAUUUCGUGAUCCCUGCCUGGAAAAAGUCUCUCAUCGUCUCCAUUCUCUCCGCUGGUACCUUCUUUGGCGCUCUCUUGGCUGGUGAUCUUGCAGACUGGUUCGGUCGUCGUACUACCAUUAUCGCUGGUUGCAUUGUUUUCCUCAUUGGUGUUGCUCUUCAAGCUGCAUCUAGCGCUCUAGGCCUCCUUGUUGCUGGUCGUCUCAUUGCCGGUUUUGGUGUUGGCUUCGUUUCUGCUGUCAUCAUUCUCUACAUGUCUGAGAUUGCGCCUCGCAAGGUUCGUGGUGCUAUUGUGUCUGGAUACCAGUUUUGCAUCACUAUUGGUUUGAUGCUGGCUUCUUGCAUUGACUAUGCUACCGAGAACCGUCAGGACUCUGGCUCCUAUCGCAUUCCCGUUUCUAUUCAGAUGAUGUGGGCUAUUAUCCUCGGUGUUGGCUUGCUCUUCCUUCCUGAGUCUCCUCGUUACUUCAUCCGCAAGGAGCAGAAGGACAAGGCUCGUGAGGCUCUUGCCCGUGUUCGUGGCCAGCCUGCUGAUUCCGAGUACAUCAACUCCGAGCUGGAUGAGAUCGAGGCCAACCACUUUUACGAAAUGCAGAGCAUCCCCAAUGAUGGUGGCUACUUUGGCAGCUGGAUUAACUGCUUCCGCGGUAGCCUCUGGAAGCCCAACAGCAACCUUCGUCGUACUAUCCUCGGUACCUCUUUGCAGAUGAUGCAGCAGUGGACUGGUGUCAACUUUGUCUUCUACUUCGGAACAACCUUCUUCACUCAACUCGGCACGAUCCAGAACCCCUUUCUGCUUAGCAUCAUCACCACCAUUGUCAACGUCCUUUCCACUCCUCUCUCUUUCUACGCCAUUGAGAAAUUCGGCCGUCGUCCCCUCCUCCUCUGGGGUGCUCUUGGAAUGAUUGUAUGCCAGUUCAUCGUUGCCAUCAUUGGUGUCACAGACGGCUCUGACCACAAGGCCGUUGCUGCUAUGAUUGCCUUUAUCUGCAUUUACAUCUUCUUCUUCGCCAGCACCUGGGGUCCUGGUGCCUGGGUUGUUAUUGGAGAGAUUUACCCACUGGCCAUUCGUUCCCGUGGUGUUGCUCUCUCGACUGCCUCUAACUGGCUUUGGAACUGCAUCAUUGCCGUUAUCACUCCCUACAUGGUCGACACUGAUCAGGGUAACCUCGGCGCCAAGGUCUUCUUCAUCUGGGGAGGUCUUUGCACUUGCGCUUUCGUCUACACUUACUUCCUGAUUCCCGAGACCAAGGGUUUGACCCUCGAGCAGGUCGAUAAGAUGAUGGAGGAGACUACUCCCCGCACUUCGGCCGGCUGGAAGCCCAGCACCACCUUCGUUGAUGAGAAGGCUGCUUUUGCCCCUGUUGUUAGCCACCAGGAGGUUUAA